UCGCCGGAAGUGGGGAGGAAAUGGGGGGCUGAGGUUCCGGGAGACUCCGGCUUCUCCGGGCCGCAGAGGCCGGGCUCCCCCAGGUGGCGGGGGCGGGGCGCCAGGGCUGGGCAGGGACAGGGCGGCGGGGGCGGGACUCGCCUUCCGCGGCGUCUACGGCGGCGCUAAGCGCCCCCAGACUCGCCACUUCCUACAGCGUCGCCGGGCCAUGGGCCUGUGACCCGGCCCUGCCCCCCGCGAGGCCAUCCUGUGUGCGGCUUGACGGGCGGCCAAGCUAGGUCACCAUGGGCCAGUGCUACUACAAUGAGACCAUCGGCUUCUUCUACAACCACAGUGGCAAGGAGCUGAGCUCCCACUGGCGGCCAAAGGAUGUUGUUGUCGUUGCACUGGGGCUGACUGUCAGUGUGCUGGUGCUGCUCACCAACCUGCUGAUCAUCGCGGCCAUCGCCUCCAACCGCCGCUUCCACCAGCCCAUUUACUACUUGCUCGGCAACCUGGCUGCGGCUGACCUCUUUGCUGGUGUGGCCUACCUCUUCCUCAUGUUCCACACGGGCCCUCGCACAGCCCAGCUGUCUCUCCUGGGCUGGUUUGUGCGGCAGGGUCUGCUGGACACAAGCCUGACUGCGUCGGUGGCCACAUUGCUGGCUAUUGCCGUGGAGCGGCACCAAAGCGUGAUGGCCGUGCAGCUGCACAGCCGCAUGCCCCGCGGCCGUGUGGUCAUGCUCAUUGUGGGGGUGUGGGUAGCUGCCCUGGGGCUGGGGCUGCUGCCCGCCCACUCCUGGCACUGCCUCUGUGCCCUGGACAGAUGCUCACGCAUGGCCCCCCUGCUCAGCCGCUCCUACCUGGCCGUCUGGGCUCUGUCCAGCCUGCUUGUCUUCCUACUCAUGGUGGCUGUCUACACCCGCAUUUUCUUCUACGUUCGUGGGCGGGUACAGCGUAUGGCAGGGCAUGUCAGCUGCCACCCCCGCUACCGUGAGACCACAUUCAGCCUGGUCAAGACUGUUGUCAUCAUCCUGGGAGCGUUCGUGGUCUGCUGGACACCAGGCCAAGUGGUGCUGCUCCUGGACGGUCUGGACUGCAAGUCUUGCAACGUCCUGGCUGUGGAGAAGUACUUCCUACUCUUGGCAGAGGCCAACUCACUGGUCAACGCUGUGGUGUACUCCUGCCGUGAUGCAGAGAUGCGCCGCACCUUCCGCCGCCUCCUCUGCUGUCUGUGCCUCCGCCGGUCCACCGGCGAUUCUCCCCGCUACACAGCCUCCACCCAAUCAGGUGCCAACACCCGCAUAAUGCUUUCUAAGAAUGGCCACCCCCUGAUGGACUCCACCCUUUAGCCAACCUCGGACUUCAGUGGGGUGCAGCAAGUGCCAGGUUGCACCCCUGACCACUCGUGGAUGUGCCUGGUUCAACCAACCCACUCUGAGGGACAGGAUUCAAGGCAGACCCUUGGUCCGGAUGACACCAGAGCCAGGCCUCCCCACAGACCCACCUGUGCCUGCCUCGGGGCCGGGGGUGUGUGGUCAUCUCCAGUGCCCAGGAGAGUGUCAGGUGGGGUUCAGGAACUGGCUCUUCAAUCAUCUCAGGUUGUGGGGUUUUUAAUGGAUGUUUGUUUUUACUGCACACCCCUGGUGAACCCUGUGGCUUCUUUGUGCGUGCUGGUGUGGGUUACAGGUAGGAGAGAUGAGGACUCUCAGGCCACACUGCUGAAAAUCAUAAGGACAGAUCAUGGAUGCACCAUCUGCCUGAAGCUGAUUCUUCAGUCUGGCACAGACUGAAGGGUGCUGAGCAAGAGCUGGGAAAGGUGUGUGGCCCCGUGAAGCCUCGGGGCUUGCCUGUCCCUGCUAGACUUGAGGGUGUUCACGAGGAGGGCAUAUUAAGAAGUAAACCUUUAUUUCUCCUCUGGUA